AGCUCAGCAGCGGGCUGUGACCGGACCUCUGUUCGUCCUCUGCUGACUCACAACGAUGGAAAGCCUCUGUAGCAGGGACUGAGGACACGGCAACCUGUUGUGAGCUGUAAGAGGAGAGCAGUUGUGCCGCCUGGGAGCUGAACAGCCAUCAUGACCAAAGAGGAGGAGAUCCCCGACUGGGUGGGAGCCCAGGAGUUCUAUGACAAGUAUGAGACCAAGGAGGUGCUGGGAAGGGGGGUGAGCAGUGUGGUGCGCCGCUGCGUCAACAAACGGUCGUCUCAGGAGUACGCGGUGAAGAUCAUCGACAUCACCCCCUCGGACAAGAUGACUCCGCAGGAGAUCGAGGAGAUCCGAGAGGCGACGGCGAAGGAGAUCGACAUCCUCAAGAAAGUGUGCGGGCAGGACAACAUCAUUCAGCUCAAAGACUGCUACGAGUCCAAAGCAUUCUUCUUCCUGGUUUUUGACCUGAUGAAGAGGGGCGAACUUUUUGACUACCUCACAGAGAGAGUCACUCUGAGUGAGAAGGAAACCAGGAAGAUCAUGCGGGCCCUGCUGGAGGUGGUCCAGUUUCUCCACAGCCAGAACAUCGUCCACCGGGACCUGAAGCCUGAGAACAUCCUUUUAGAUGACGAGAUGAACAUCAAACUCACCGACUUUGGCUUCGCCGUGCAAAUCAGGCCGGGACAGACGCUCAAAGAGGUGUGUGGGACCCCCGGAUACCUCGCUCCUGAGAUCAUCGAGUGCUCCAUGGACGCAGGGCAUGCAGGAUAUGGUACAGCUGUGGACAUAUGGAGUUCAGGGGUGAUCAUGUACACGCUGCUUGCAGGCUCUCCGCCCUUCUGGCACAGGAAACAGAUGCUGAUGCUGCGCAUGAUCCUGGCCGGGAACUUCGACUUCUCGUCUCCAGAAUGGGAGGACCGCUCUGACACCGUCAAAGAUUUGAUCUCUCGGAUGCUGGUGGUGGACCCAAAGCAGCGAUUCACAGCUGCCGACGCUCUCAACCACUCGUUCUUUUCACAGUAUGUGGUGGAUGAAGUACGACAGUUCAGUCCAUACAGGCGGUUCAAGGUCAUUUGCAUGACUGUUCUCGCCACAAUGAGAAUCUACUGCAACUACCGCCGCGCCAAGCCCGUCACCAAGGAGGUGAUCAUGAGUGACCCGUACGCCGUCAAGCCCAUCCGCAAGCUCAUCGACGCCUGCGCGUUCAAGAUCUACGGCCACUGGGUCAAGAAGGGCCAGACUCAGAACAGAGCAGAACUCUUUGAGAACACUCCCAAAGCCAUCCUGCUGUCGAUGGCGGCCGAGGCCGACGAGCCGCUCCACCACAUCUGGUAAUGAGCACGUCAGGACACAUCUGCCGGAGCUUUGUGGGGAUGCGCUUCUACUCUGUGUGGCUUUUUAUGCCUUUCCCCAGUGUAUAAAAGAAAGGAACUGGUAAAACAUAAACCACUACAACCAGACAAGGUUGACAUAAGUUUGUUGUUAACAUGGAGAGCAUGUUUAUUUUGCUCAUGAGUAGUGAAAUGCAGCAUUGGGAUUGAUUUACCUCAGGAGCUGCAGAAUGUGGCAACAGUGCCACUGUUCAAUACCUUGAUUCCUGUCCUAGAUGUAGAUUAAAAUGAGUGUAAAAAUAACAAUUUAGUGGUAAAAUGGCAGUUUAGAGAUAUUUAAUUUCAAAUGUAUGAAACAAAUUUUCAGGUUUUCUUCAAGUUCAGAGUUUAGUUUUUAACUUUAAAUGAUCACGUUAAGAGUUUACUGGAGAAUCUCUGGUUUUAUAAGCGAUGCCCUGCAGCAUCAUGCUACUGUGUUGUCAGAACUGUGAAGCCUUGGCUUAGCAACCAAAGCAAAACUUGUGGAACUGAUCAACAUAAUUUGGCUGUUUGGAAUUUGAAACACUGAACCUGCAUACUUGAAACGGCACUGACUUGCUUAUUUGUGUACUGCAUCACUAUUUGAUCGUUAUGCAGGAUGUACUGAGCUGAACUGACAGCAACAGCUUCAAGGGAAGAUGAUGGCACUUUAAAAUGUAUGCUAUGGAUUUAUUUAUUGAAAUGUGCAUUAAUCUAAAAUCCAAGCCUUGUUAUUGGAAAUGCAUCAACUUUUUGUGAUGCAUUGGAAUUUUAAGACAUCGGGUCUGUAUUUUUCUGUCUUUGUCCAACAGAGUAAGCUUAAUGGAGAAAACGAAUCCACCAGACCCAUUUUGAUCACGGAUAUACAUUUAUUGUAACAGAAGAGUGACGGCAAAUUCAUAUCCACAACGUCUUUCGCACAAGUAUCUGAGGGUAGAUGGCGUCAGGUUUUAGCACAAGACGCUGCUUUCCCUUGUGGAGCUGUGAAUAGAAAAACAAAGCAUUUAAAGUUGAACAGAUCACAAAGUGUGAUAAUAGUCAGUUUGACUUUUAAUUUAUUUCAUGUUCUUACCAUGAGCAAAGAAGCUGUCAGUAUGUUUUUCUCAUGCUCCUGCUUCAGAAGCAGACACUGGUUGCCCUGCAGAAUUUAGCAAACAGAUGAAAAAAAUCAAUGCAAAAAAAAUAUCAGGAAUGCUGGCAGAGGCGUAUCUCUUCUUUCAGAGUGGAUCGUUGUGCUCAUUCCUGUACAGUUGCAUGAGGCUGAGGGAAGCACUCAUACAGUGACGAAGCAGAUAUGAGUCAAGGCUUUUGCAUGGUGUCUGACUGUAUCCACCACGGAACAGCUGGAACAGAAUUCGGCCAUGCCUCAGAGGUAACUUUCUCAGUGCUGGGAACUAUAAUGAAGGUGCUUGUCAGUGUGUCUAUACAUACCACCGUCAGGCCUUUCUUCACAGCCUGGAAGUCAGUUGUAGCAACCUUGUUUCAUUGGGCCUGUGUGUGUUGACCGGCUGCACGACUGAGCCUGCAUUACUGCACUUCUCCAUGAAUACAUAUCUGGACAGAUGCUGGAACAAUAAAAGCACAACGGAGUCUGAGAGUUGGUGUAUUCUCACUCAAACAAGAAAGUAGUUUCAAAGGGAGAAAGAAGGUGGUGCUGAACAACAAUGCGUUUGAUAAA